AAAAAAAAGAAAACCAUGAAGAAACCUCUGGAUCCAGACACAAUCCUAUUUAGAUGCUGCUUGCUUUCGAAAACACCGUAGACACCCUUUACUCUGUCCCUUGCUUUGUCUCAGGGACUGCAGAACCUACACCAACCCUUCGCAUCUCCAUUUCCGCUCCCUGUAACAGCAAAGGCGAUGGCUUCAGCUACUGCCUUCCUCUCCUCUCACGCACUCUACUCCUCUCGCGCCCUCCGUCUCUCGAGGGCUUCCGCCCUAGGGUUUCCCCGCUCCCACUCCCUCCGUGUGGAGGUCGCCAAUCCCUUUCCCUUCCUCUAUGGAUCGACCGCCUCCGGCGGCAGCGGACUUCUCGGAAAGAUCCGAGGGAGUGGUUUUCAAUCUUCUGUCGAUUCAGCAGACACAUUGGGAUCUUCCUCCUCGAUGUCUGACCAAGAGAAGAAUGUGGUUCCAAUGCCAAUUGUGUUGAUCGAUCAAGAUUCGGAUCCAGAUGCAACAAUUGUGCAGAUUAGUUUUGGGGACCGUCUGGGGCCACUUGUUGACACGAUGAAGGCACUCAGAGAUCUGGGCCUGGAUGUGACCAAGGGAAGUGUGACAACUGAGCCUUCUGCUAUACAGACAAAAUUUUUCAUUAUGCGAUCGGGACGGAAGGUUGAAAACCCUGCAAUGUUGGAAAAAAUUCGGCUUACCAUAAUAAACAAUCUUCUUGAGUACCACCCUGAAUCUAGUGAGAAGCUGGCAAUGGGUGAGGUUUUUGGAAUAAAACCUCCAAAGAAGAAGCUUGAUGUUGACAUUGCAACACAUAUAUUUGUUCAAGAUGAUGGACCAAAGAGAAGCUUACUCUACAUUGAGACUGCUGAUCGACCUGGACUACUGUUGGAGAUAAUCAAGAUUAUAAUAGACAUAAAUAUUGAUGUGGAAUCAGCUGAGAUCGACACUGAAGGCCUGGUUGCGAAGGAUAAAUUCCAUGUAAGCUACAGAGGUGCGGCAUUGAACAACUCCUUAUCGCAGGUGUUGACAAACUGUUUGCGUUACUACCUUAGAAGGCCUGAAACAGAUGAAGACAGCUAUUGAUGCCUCAUUCCUAUGCAGCUCAAGACCACCAUUGGUGCAGCUCCCCUUCCACUGUUUACAAAACUGAUUCUGUAAUUAGGGGCCACAAGGCACCCUUCUGUUACAUCCUUUGCCGAAUACAUGAUUAUUGGUAUCUGCUCUGUUCGCUGCUAACUGUAGGGGUGGACUUGAGGUCUCUAUUCUGAAGUGAACUGGAUGCUUUUAGCCUUUAAUUUUGAUUGGCUUUAGCUGCAGCUGCUUCUGUUUGUCAGAGCGAUUCAUUCUAAUCAAAUGUUGUGAAUGAUGAUGGUUCUUUAA